GUGUGUGUCAGUGUGUGUAGUGACUCAGUUGCUCACGGUCAUGUGAGGCUUAUUAGUCGCUUAGCUUCUGAUGAUCCAUUGUUAAAAGAAAGAUUCCAGUCCAUGCCUAACAGUUUCAGGCAGUGGUAGAACGGAGGCUGGAUCUUGCCUGCCACUGCCACCAACCACUACUGAACCACAACGCUUCAUGAGCGGCAGUGGGCCGUGGCAUCCUCGGCGAAUCUCAGCCGCAGCUGUAUCAUAUCGAUCCUCGCCUCUCGCCGGCAGCCGGCCGGGAGCUCACGGCGGGGCAGACGGGUCCGGUCUGCUAUGGCUCCGGUCACUGGUCAGGCGCGCUGCCCAGCGCAUCCUCCUCGCCCUCGCCCUCGGCUGCCGCAACCGGCCGUCGCUGCCGGAGUCGCCGCCACUUCCUCCAGCUGCUGCGGAUAUCGCCGCCGCCUACACGCGCCCCUCCGCGCGCCGAUGGCCGCCGCGGACCCGCCGCCGCGCGGGGAGGCCGCGCCCGCGCUGAAGCGGAGCGCCAGCAUCGACCGGAUACCGGCGGACGCGCGCCGCAUCCUGCACCGCCUCGCCGGGGACCUCUGGGGCGGCGACGUGGACCCCGGCGCGCUGGCCGUGUCCCAGCUCAGGGGCGCCAUGACCAACGAGGUCUUCCGGAUCACCUGGCCCGGCGGCGAGGCCGAGGGCAACGGCCCGCGCAAGGUGCUCGUGCGCAUCUACGGCCGGGGCGUCGAGGUCUUCUUCGACCGCGCCGACGAGGUCCGCACCUUCGAGUGCAUGUCGCGCCACGGCCAGGGGCCCCGCCUCCUGGGCCGCUUCGCCAACGGCCGCGUCGAGGAGUUCAUCAACGCCAGGACCCUCUCCGCCGCGGAUCUGCGCGACCCGGAGAUGUCCGCGCUGAUUGCCAGGAAGCUGCGCGAGUUUCACGAUCUCGACAUGCCUGGACCUAGGGACGUGUCAUUGUGGCAGAGGCUCAAGCGGUGGCUUGGGGAGGCUCGUGACAGGUGUUCUGAGGAAGAGUCUAACCAAUUUCAGCUGAAUAAACUAGGUGAUGAGAUUUCAGUGCUGGAGAAGACGCUCUCGGGGCUCCAACAGUCAGUAGGAUUCUGCCAUAACGAUCUGCAGUAUGGAAAUAUUAUGAUAUAUGAAGAGACCAGACAAGUCACCUUGAUAGACUAUGAAUAUGCGAGUUUUAACCCAGUCGCAUUCGACAUUGCUAAUCACUUCUGUGAGAUGGCUGCUGAUUACCAUACAUCAACACCACAUGUGUUGGAUUUUACGAAAUAUCCUGACACUGGGGAGCAGAGAAGAUUCGUUGAGGCAUACCUUAGCUCUGCAGGUAAAAAGCCAACGGAUGGGGAAGUUGAAGAACUGCUAGGGUUGAUAGCAAAGUACACUCUUGCGAGCCAUCUCUUCUGGGGCCUGUGGGGAAUAAUCUCGGCGCACGUGAACGAAAAUAUCGACUUCGCGUACAAGGAGUAUGCAAGGCAGCGCUUGGAUCAGUACUGGCAAACAAAACCUCGAAUUCUUGGACCCAAGUGAUGAGUCGUUGCUUUUUGUAGGGGGUCCUUGGCCAGCUAGUCAUGUGAAUUCUGUUUGUCAGUAGCGGCUAGUAGCUGCCAGUUUUUGACUGCAGAUUGUUCAGCUCGCUGUGACCUGUGUCGUGACCAUAUUCUUGACUUACGGGGUGUAAUUAUUUUGCCUGGUCUUAGGCUAAGGUAACCAGUCUUUCUAUCCUAAUGUAAAUAGUACAGUCUAUAAUGACCUUAUCCUCACAUGGUUCUGAACACAAUUUCUGCUGGCUGACGGUUCGAAUU